CUAUUCUAAUCAUCCCCCUUGAAUUUUCCUUUUUGUCUUAAACUAUUUUUUCUCGCAAAGAAAAAAAGAAAAAAAUUCCAAUUUUUCUUUGUUUCAGUCCUCUCUUCUGCUCUCAUUUGAUCUUUUUAAUUAACUUGGAUUCUCUCCAUUUAUGGCUUAACCAUUGAUCGAGAUAAGCCUCUCUCAGGAAAUCGACGAGUUCGUAACUUGUUGUUGUCUGAUCUUCUAAAGAUUCAACCUUUUUGGUCCGAUCAUGGCUGUUGCUGAGAAUGCUGGUGUUAAAGUGGACUCCUCUGCUCAGAAUUUAGACAACAACACUGUCGCUUCAGCUACCGAGACGAAGCCGCCAUGUCCUGAUGAUGAUCAGAGCCCUAAAUCUGACUCAUCGAAUCCUCCUCCUAGCAUUGAUUCGACUGGAGAAACAGACGAUCGGAUCAAUGAGACUGCUCAAAAGGUUCAGACUUUAAAUGGGUUUAACAGAAAUGGGUUCGAGUCGACGAAAUCGGAGAAUGGUGAGAGAGAUGACAAUGGAGGGAGUCUCAAGAGUGAGAUCAAAGAUUUGGCUGAUGCGUUUUCUAAGCUUAAUCCGAUGGCUCAGGAGUUUGUUCCUCCUUCACUUGCUCGAAGUCAAUCUGGGGUUUUGAGAAAUGGAUUAGGGUUUACUAACAAUUUUGCUGCGCCACCUAAACUUGUUGCAGAUGGGAAUGAUCAUUUUGCUAGAAGGAGGAGGAGUUUUGGCCAGGGGAAGCGAAGAAUGAACAAAAGAACAAGCUUGGCUCAAAAGGAUGACGUAAUCAGGAGAACUGUAUAUGUCUCUGACAUCGACCAACAGGUUACCGAGGAGAACCUUGCAGGUGUCUUUAUUAAUUGUGGACAGGUUGUGGAUUGUCGUGUAUGCGGUGAUCCAAAUUCUGUCCUUCGUUUUGCUUUCAUUGAAUUCACCAAUGAAGAGGGAGCUAGGGCUGCUUUGAGCAUGUCAGGUACUGUGCUCGGGUUUUACCCUCUGAAGGUUCUUCCUUCCAAAACUGCUAUUGCCCCUGUUAACCCGACUUUCCUUCCAAGAUCGGAGGAUGAGCGUGAGAUGUGUGUGAGGACUGUUUACUGUACCAACAUUGACAAGAGGAUCACUCAAGUUGACUUGAAAGGCUUCUUUGAAAUGUUUUGCGGGGAGGUUCAUCGUCUGAGGCUUGGAGACUUUCAUCACCAAACCCGUAUUGCUUUUGUUGAGUUUGCCCUGGCGGAAAGUGCAAUUGCUGCUCUUCACUGCAGUGGUAUUCUCCUGGGGGCACUCCCAAUAAGGGUAAGCCCAUCAAAGACACCAGUAAGGCCGCACUUUCCCCGCGCUGAUUUCAAGUGAAUGUAUCACGGCAAAAGAACUCUCGCCCGCGGAUCUCAAAAUUAUAUAGAAAACGAGAGAGAGAGAGAGAGAUAGAAAGCUGAAGAAGAAGUCUAAAGAAGAAGGUACUUGAGGCGUUUUGUGUUUAUAUUAUAAACUCUUAUUAGAUUUAUCUUAAGUUUGCUUCGCGGUCGCAGAGCCUGCCUGCCCGGGUAUCUUUGAACAAUUCAAGAUCUUUGGUCUCUAAACUUUCUCCUUUCUAUAGUCUCUCCAAAACAAAACAAUUGUUGUUGAAAUUUACCCUUUGGAUGUUUUUAUGAUCUAUUUAAGACAUUUGGAGAAAUUUCCGCAUUUUUAAAGUUCUU